GUUUGCACUUUGCAGCCUUGCACCGCUGCAGACGGCAUAUCUUACUCAUCGUUCGGCAAACGGCAAUUGCUCCGGUGCCUUCGAACGAGCAAUCAGACAUUGGAUGUGGAGGUCUCGUGCGACGAAAAUAUUCUCGAGCCCGAUUUAAAAGAAAGAAAGCUUUGCCUUCCCGACCAUCAUUAUUCCAAUCAAUACGAUACAUGUCAUCUUCAAAAAAAAUUAUUAGAGGUCUUUCAUUUGACACUAAUGAUGAGUUUAAAAGAAGCAUUUAUGAAUUAUGGUGAAGUUGUUGAUGGGAAAGUGGAAGGUCUAGAGGGUUUUGGUUUUGUGAUUUUUAUAUCUAGCGAAGAAGCUUCAGCUAUAAUCAAUGGCAUGGCUGGAAAGGAAUUUCAUUCUGCCUUACCAUUUCAUGGUAUAAAACAAGAGGCACCGAAAUCUGGUUCUGUUCAGUUCAAUGCACACCAGUUCGAGAAACUGCUCCUCCCAAUGUAUAUGUUAUUGGAGAAGAAUCAAUCUUCAAGGAUAUAUCCUAUGAUUGAACAAAAUGUGCUUAUGGAUGUCCAAGAUCCACAUGUUAGUUCAGUGCUGUUCAGCUUUGGAAUUGCAGAGAAGUGCAUAAGAAAUGAAAAGAUCAUGGAAUUUCUAAGCUCUAGAUCGAAGUUUGCUGAAGGCAAAGACCUGGAUGUUUCUACGAUUUCAGAAGUUAUGGGUCUUUAUGAUGAGGCUAUUGACAUGUUACAUCCUCACCGUGUACUUUUGGAUGACAAAUUUUCUGUUUAUGAUGCUGAGAUGACUGAUCCUCACCAUCCAUUGCAUAUACCGAAACAGAUUACACCAGAGCUUCAGUUGGACUUUGUUAGGAACUUGCCUGAUAUAUACUUUACAGAACAUCCAGAUGGGCAGCUUCUGCUCCCUGACAAUGUAGCUAAAAUAGAAGAUCUUGUAUCAAUUGUUGCAGAGUUUGAUCUGCCAAAAAGAUCACCAACUGGCUGUAAAAAGUCAUUGCUGGUCCCAUAUUUCACAAGGAGGGGUCGAGGACGUUCACAAGCCCUGAAACAGGUUACCUCAGCAACCGUCGCCCCUCUGAAAGGCCCUGAAGUCCCUAAGCGGAAAGCGAUGAGUAAGAAAAAGAAGAAAUCAGCAGAACAAGACCUGUAUCAGAGGAACUCUUUUCAUGCCCUUGAAAGACUUCUUUCUGUUCUCCUAAAUGAAAAUGGCUGCACAUCCAUACUUUCCCUAAAGAAAUCAGGCCCUGAGAUAAGCCAAUUACUCACUAAGAUUUCUGCCACAAUUGCCGGUACGGGCCUAGCCAUUAUUUUUGCUGUCGCAUGCAAAGUGGCAUGUGGAAGGGUAGCUCUGUGUGCAACCAAGGUUUUCAGUACUGGAUUUGGACUUGGCCUCUUCUGGCUUUCGCGGGCGAUCAACGGACUGAGAGAUACGUUUGUUUAUCUUAGCAAAAAUUCGGGCAAGAUGAAUCUCAAGGAGGAAGAAAUAGCUGGCAUGGUUAAAAGAAGCAUGAAUGAGAUUCUCUUUAGAGUCAUGGCAUUGGUAGCAGUUACAUUGUUGAGGUUUGCAUAAGCACCCGUCGCAAGGAUGAACAUAAGUCCCCGAGUCUAUACCCUAAAACAGUUUUAAGUUUUCUUUUACCAGUCAUGUAGAAGGUCAAACUGAAGGUUAAUUUUGUGUAUGAAAGCUUGCUGCUUCUGAAUAAAAUUUUAUUCUACCA